AUGUCUCAGGUUUGCCCGUCCUCGUCUCAUCAGCUCGUCGCAGCCUCCAUUGCGUUUCAACGCGCUCGGUGUAAGUUCCCAAAAAAUUAUGGUCUUUAUGGUAACACCGAGGACACGCUGAAACUGGACAAGACGGAAUGUGUCAUGGCGGACGAGUCCUCGAACGACGAGAAUUUGUCGUUUGCGACGAAGAAAUGCCCAAAAUCGAGUCACGAAGAGGCUAAAACAACUUCGUGGAACGACGAUUCUAUAGAAAAUAGUUCGAAUUUACUCCAAAAACCAAUAAUCUGCAGUUGCUGUCGCAAACGCAACGAGCUUGCAAAAUCUAAUCAAUCGAUAAACAAGAUCAAAGAUCAAUGUAACGCUGGAGACACAGUCGACGUAAUUUCGAGUAAAAAAUACGAUGGAAUCGCGAAGAAAGACGAUCUUUCCAAGUCGAAGCAGCUAGAAAAUUGUGUGACAAAACUAAUGAAAAGUUUCAUGACAAAAUCGGGAAAUUCUAGCCCCCGCCAUACUUCAGUUUCCCAUUCACGAAGUCCGAAAGAAACUUCGAGCAAAUUGGAUUCCGUUAAUCUUCUUUACGACAGAGCCCAUGAUCAAGUCGAUAACGUUAAAAGCAGCAGCUCGUUCGAGAAACAGAGCAAGUUGAAAUUCUACGAAUCACAACCACUUCCUUGCUCAUCGAAGGAGAAACUAAGCCUCACAUCAGACACGUGUCUCUGUUCGUCAAAUUCUAAUAAACAAAUGAAUUGCUAUAACAAAGAUGGAGUUGCCUGUUGCCACGAUUGUUGUCUGAAAAGUUCAGAAAAGAUAUCGACCAUUCCUGAACAGAACGACGAGGAAUACGACGAUUCCAUGAUCACGAUUAAUCAUAAAGAUUCAUUAUGCCUCCUGGUGGAGAAGUACAAGGCCAGUAAAAAGUGCAAACACAAGAAAUAUCCCGACAAAGCAAAAUUCUCGGACAAAAAGGCCAAAGAGUUCGGUGAAUCGUUCGACUCAGAAACUAAUUAUCAAACGGAAGAAAAUGUAAUCACGAAAGAACGAGAAGAAUAUUUCAACAGCGAUAAAUGCAUGUAUCGAGAUAAUCGUACGUCACUGGGGAAAGCGUGCAGGGACGACUGCAAUCACUUAAAAAAUUUGAGAUCUCGUCUGGUGAAGACUGGCACUUGUACAAUGAAAAAUACACCUUGGAGACACUCAUUUUAA